UGCACUUUCCACCCUGAGACCCUGCUUCUCCUGCUUCCCACCCCAGGCUCUAGCCCAGGCUUUUCCAGACUUGCCUCCAUCAAGACUUUUGCCUUUCGCUGUCACUCCCACCAAGAGCCUUGUCGUCGUUAACAGCUGAAUAGGAGCCAUACACCCACCCUCUUUCCACUGCAGCCGCCCACUUGAAGCAGACCGAUGAUGGCGAGCCCGCCGCCCAGCGACCGAGGCGACGCAGAGCAUAGCGUGAAACAUGAAGACGAACAGGACACAGUCUCGCCACUGAACGGCGGACCUAGCCCUUCAGGAGAGAAGCGGAACAGGGACGAGAAUAACCAGGACGAUGUCGAGGACGACGCUCGAAAGAAGCGGAAAAAGCCAAGUGGCUGGGAUGAUGGAAUGGCAACCACGAAGCCAAGCGCUGCAGCCUCGGCCUCCGUCUCACCACAACCCGAAACGUCCGCCCAAACACAGUCUUUAGCACUGCCCGCCGUGCAGUCCAUAAACCCUGCCCCGGUGUCCCUAGGACUGAGUCUUGAACAAAGGGCGAAGCUGGAACAGGCCAAAGCCUACGCUAGGGAAAUCACUGCAAAGCUGCUUCGAUCGAAACUCGGACAAGCACCUCUGAUAGCACCGAUGGGGAUUGCGCUCAAUGCCGGAGUGGAAGCACGGUCAAUUGCGGUCAUGAGUCGAAUCUAUGUCGGCUCCAUCAAUUUCGAGCUUAAUGAAGUUCACAUCAAAGCCGUGUUUUCUCAGUUUGGCUACGUCAAAUCCGUAAGCAUGACUAUGGAUCCAACUACUGGAAAGCACAAAGGAUUCUGCUUCGUGGAGUACGAGGUGCCCGAGGCGGCCGAGCUGGCCCUCGAGGUGAUGAACGGAGCUGAUCUGGGAGGACGGCAAUUGAAAGUCGGUCGCCCAAACAACUACAAUCCAGGCAUAGGCGCUAACCUGCCGCCACCAAUUCCGUCACGUAUCUACAUAGCGAAUAUCAGCGAGUUUGUCUCUGAGCAGAACGUCGAAAGUAUCUUUGAAUCCUUCGGAAAGAUCAAAGGAUGCUCGCUUCUGCCCGAUCUGCAGCUCCGAAAGCAUAAAGGCUGUGGGUAUCUCGAGUUCGAAGAAGAAACUUCAGCAGCAUCCGCCAUCACAAGCAUGAACAAUUUUGAGCUCGGUUGUUUGCCACUACGAGUUCGCCCGGCGAUCAUCGGAGGGCCCAUGCCCGUGGGCAUGAAGAACCUGGAUCAGUUACCAGUCAUUCCGGUUGUUCCGGCCGUCGUUCCCGCCCGCGUUCUCAAUGUCGCGCAGAACAUCAACAGCACAAUCGCACAACGCACUGGACUUGCACCAGCGCCUUCCUUUCAAAUGCCAUCCGUCAAUCCGGCAUUGCAGAACGCAAUAGCGAAAGUUAAAGCCCAGAUAAUGAAUGAUGAUAACUCGACCCUGGAGGAGAACGUCUCUAUAAGCGCAAACCAGCGGUUCGCGAUCAUGCAGAAGCUGAUGCGAUCCAAGACUGAAACCGCGCCCCGCACAAACAUCGUAUCUUUGCGGGAUAUGGUCUUCUUCAAAGAUCUUGACGACACUCUAAACGAGGAGAUUACGGAAGAGUGUGGGAAGUACGGACAAGUCACUAAAGUCCUGAUCUGGGUCGAUCCAGUCAAGCAAGCAAAUGGGACUCUGCAAGACGAAGAUGCGGUUGACAUAUUUGUUGAGUUUGGGAGCGCCGACUGGGCAGCGCAGGCACGUCAGGGACUGGACAAGCGGUGGUUCGCCGGCCGGCAAAUAUCCGCCGCAUUCAUCACGCCGGAGGAGUUUGCAAGGAAGGAAGCUCAGUCGCGUGGGUAGGCGGGGUACGCGGGGGGUGAGCGUACGAGGCCACUCAUUCCCGAUUCCUCGUGAAUGUUGCGUACAUACUCCAUAGGGUUAAUUGGCCGUGCGAACCAAUGUGCGCAAGGCUCACUACUCUGUCUCCAGGAAGGCGACUGCUUCUACACCGGAGCUCAGUUUGCGAUACAUGUACAUCAUAAUGCCAUUGGCCCCGACACGGUAGUUACAUAUGAACGCAAAUUACGAAAAAAGG